GAAAACCUCCUCAGAGCCACAGUCCCAUAAUCAACACAGCACAGACUGCUCGCGCGGGGCCGUGCACGCGCUGCACAUUGAUAAGAAAACUGCAAGAACAAGAGUUAGAUUUAGGCUAAUCUACAUUAAUGUCGCUUUUGUUACAGACAAUGAGAAGAAGGGACCCUCGCGUAGCCUACUACACAUGGACCAUCUGAAAUUGGAAAGGCUUUUUAAUAUAUAACAGUUUUUAUGCUUUAUCAACGGUGAUGUGGAGUUAAUAAGUGAGGAGUUUAUACCAAAACAAAAGGACCGCACGCGCAUUACUUUACUUUUUAAAAAUAACUCUUUAAAAUGUUGUAUUAUUUUUUUUUAUAGGCCUAUAUAAAGUCCUGUUUGACUUUUAAGACAUUUUAUGUAAUCUGAAUUACUUUUUUUAAUUAUUUGCCAUGCCUGAACAGGUAUUUUAGAUUACCGUUCUCUCAGACAGACUAAUAAUAAGAGACGUCUUUAUUGGUCUGAACCAUAAAUGAAUGAUUAAAUAAGCGCCACUGAGGAAUCCAGGAUUUUGGUGCUUCGCAUGGGAACAAACCUCUUCGCUUUAAUCCGCAAACUGCCUUUCAAAGGACUUCAAAUGGGCCACUUGCUCCUCAGAAGAGAGACUCAUUCUGCCGUGGAGGGCAAUCUGAAUGUUUGCGCACUGCGAGGAAUGUCGAGCCUGCAGAGCCGCUGAGGGACUCAAACUGCUGCUUAAUUAACCCGAUAUUUGCUCGCGACUCGGAGCCCAGUGCGGAGCGUCUGGUGCGCGUCUCUCUAAAUGCGCGCUGUCCCGUGGAGCCCCGCAGCGGCACGGCAGCAAGAUGAGAUCGCGGAUCCCGCUUCUUCUCGCGGUACUUGCGGCGGCGUGUCUGCGGUUUGGCAAUGCGGAGGCUGAUCCUCUUCCGGCCGCUGUGGUUGAGUUGGUGAAGGGUGGAUCUGUGUCUUCUAUUCAGGACUUGCAGUUUUUGCUGUUCUCUGAAUCUAUAGAGGUUGAGCCAGACAGUCACCAUGACAACGACACCAGCAACCGUCUGCCACGCAGUCUUCUGGACGCUCAGCCUGCUCAGCAAGCCAUCUGUAAGGUUAGGACAGAGGUCAUCGAGGUCACACGCUCCAUGUUGGACCGUAGCAAUGCAAAUUUCCUGUUGUGGCCUCCGUGUGUGGAGGUACAGAGGUGCUCGGGCUGCUGUAACACCAAGACCCUGCAGUGUGUGCCUAUACUUACACACACACGAUACCUACAGGUGAUGAAGAUACAGUACGUGAACAAGCGGCCGCUCUAUGAUAAGGCUGUCGUCUCCGUUCUCGACCACGUAGAGUGCCGCUGUCAGCCGGCUCCUCGGCCCCCUCAGCGCUGGAAGUCAUCCGGCCAAAGACAAGAAGGACGGGAACGCUCUGGGAAACCACGAUCCAAAGAAGAGCUCCAUCGCAGGGAUGAACUCAAACACAACCAGAGGAUAAGCCUGGAGGACCUGCUCAGCCACAGCUGGCUGCCCAAAGAGAGGUUCUCUGAAUCAGGAUUCGGCCGGGACGGCUGGGUUCUGAACGAGACGCAGUAUGGAGGGGGCAAAGGUCAUAACCGUCACCCUGGGGAUGGAAGGAGACACGGCAAAAUGAAUGACACUGCAACACAGGGAACGACGGCUCCUCUGCCAAAUCAUACCGAGCAGGAAGAAACUGUUUUAUCAUUGCACAAUGUUACACAAUUCGAAUUGCAGAGUAAUGCUAACCAAAGUAUAACAAAUCAGACAUCAGAUUAUAACAUGAGUAUAUUGGAAUUGACCAAUUAUACUUUUAUGCACCAAUCAAAUCUAACGCAAGAAAACGAACAAUUGAAAACAACAAAUCAGACAGACCAAGACACCUCUAAGGCCACAGGAGCAGCCAAUCAGAAUCGAGGAGAUGUGUUUCUGCCUGUAAAAGAGAAUGGUCAGAAUGUGAAAGGUGAGACUACGAACGUAGAGGUGAAGAAGGAAGAGCUAGAGCAGAGACAAAUGGGCAAAAAAGACAAGGAAGAGAAAAUGGAAGAGCUGCUGCAAGUGCACAAAAUCCUAGAUGAAGAAAAACACAAACAUCACCUCAAAGUACAACAGAAGAAUAUACAGCAGCUCCAUCACAAACAACAACACACUUAUACAACCACACAACGCACAGGUACUACAUCUCCUGUGCAACAGCUCCCUCCACACAAACCCCCCAGAUCAGCUCCUCAACCCCCGAAAAGGAGGAGAAAACAGCGCAAUCGCAUCAGCAAGUCUGCCAUGAGAGCCCUGCUCAUGUAAUACAAACAUACACAGAUAAUCAGAUGAAUGCAAUCUCUCCCAUAUGAGUUCUUAUUUAUGUAGCAGUGUGUCCAGGGACAUUAAGAGAUAUGGCACUAAUCACUUUUCAAAAAACACUUCUAAUCUCGGUCUCUGCUCAAAGUCAUGAGGAAAAAGACAAUUCUGACACAGAAGAUGUUUGCAUGGAGGAUUGUUUGAGAUUGUUUGAGUCUGUCUUCUAGGUUCAUGUGUGGGACUUGGGAAUCAUGUAAAUCUGGAAGUUCAGAACAUCAGAAGCAUGAAACACCAUUUAUAGCAUGGACAGAAGAAGCGAGUAAGAGCACAGAACUAGCAAAACAUGGAAAAGAAUGGCUCGAAAAGAUUUCCUAUGAUCACUCACCUUAAGAGACAAACUGGUAGUUGCUCCUGUGAAGAAUCUCACCUAUUAUUCUGAAUCACCCAAAAAGCGGUUGCCUUUUGUUGUGAAAUUGAGGCUUGAAUUUUGUGAACCAAUGAACCAAUUUAUAAAUGAAUCUUUUCCCCCUGAUCCAGGAUUAUGAAAAAGAAAUCUUUUGAAAAGCACACUAUCUCCAGGGAUGCGAUCAAAACAUGUUAUUUUAUGUCAUAUUUCAAACUAUAUGUUUUACAAACACAGAGAACGCUUGAACAACUUUGUAUUUUAAUAUAUUUACCAGUCAAAAACACAAAGUACCUUUGCUAUAAGUUGUUUUCUGUAUCAUUUGUUAUUAUUUAAGUGAUUCUUAACACUGGAAAUUCACACAGGAUAAAGCAAGGGAAUGCA